UAACAAAAUCUAUCGUUUAACCAAAAAAAAAAACACAAACAAACACGAUCCUUUCUCGCUCAAUUGACAAGUAAAAAGAUCCUGGCACCACCAUCUAAAAAGUAAAACUGAAAUUGGGCUUAGUAGCCCUUUUACAAAUUCACCAGCCAAAAAUAGUCCUACUCUAAAAAUGCAAUCUCUGGUUGGUGUAUUUGUAAAAAGUAUUAAAAUAUUAAACUGACAGGAAAAGAAAAACAAAAACGCGCCUGUGAAGGUCGCAAGGCCGUUUGGCGGGGAAAAUUAUCCAACGAACACCGGGUAAUCGAGGGAAAGUCAACCAGGAAAGGAGAAGCAACCAAGGCACUUGCUCUCUUAAUCCAGUCCAGUGCAAUCCAAAUUCCUAUCCGCCACGCUUUUCCCCAUUCCCUUGACCCAGAAUCCCCCUCUCUAACCCUAAUUUCAUCUCCCCAUUCCGCUUCGUAUCAAUCUUUGAUUUGAUUCAGCUCCUCUUCUUCUUCUUCUUCUUUCAAUACAUCGACAUGAAAGACAAGUUCAAGGGCUUCAUGAAGAACACCUUCUCGUCUUCGUCCUCCGGUAAAUUCAAGGGCCAAGGCCGAGUCUUGGGAUCGUCUUCUUCCUCUGGCCCCGCCGAUUCGGUCCUCAUUCGCCCUAAGCAGACUCCCCAUUCCAAUCCCAAACCCGUCCCGAAUUCGAAUUCAAAUUCAAAUUCUUCGGUCGCCUCCCCAAAUCCCAAGCCUUCGCCACAGAAAACGCAGAUUAUUCAUCAGGAGAAAGCGCAAAUUCCUGAUCAGAGCCAGGCGGAGCCGUCGUUCAAUUCGAAGCCUGAUCGAAAAACAGAAACUGGGUUUGAUCCGUUUGACGCUCUGAUCACGCCGGGGAAGAGAUCCCAGAACGGGUUUACGCUAAAUGUCUUCGAAUGUCCGAUUUGCGGGCAAUCGUUUAGGUCGGAAGACGAGGUCUCCGUACAUGUAGAUAGCUGUGCUAAUACUUCGGUGGAGAACAAAAGUGUGGAGGGUGUUGGCGUUUCGCGGUCGCCGGAUAACGGGUCUGAGUCGUCGAGGAGCGAAUUGGAAGCUCGCAUUGGUACAUUUUCUUCAGGAAAUCCGGCUGCCGGGUCAGUUGAGGUUGUUCUGAGGCUGUUGAGGAAUAUAGUUAAGGAACCGGAGAACGUGAAGUUUAGAAGGAUUCGGAUGAGUAAUCCGAAGAUAAGGGAGUCCCUUGGUGAGGUUGUGGGAGGCAUUGAGUUGCUGGAGUUUGUGGGGUUUGAAUUGAAAGAGGAGGAUGGGGAGAUGUGGGCGGUAAUGGAGGUUCCAAGGGAAGAACAAAUUAAUUUGAUGAAAAGGGGAAUAGCAUUACUGGAACCGCCGAAGGUACAAGAAGUAGAUAUUUCGGCAUCCAUUGCUUCAUUGAAGGUGGAUGAACCAGUUGAACCAAGGAAGGUUGACCGGCAGACGAGGGUCUUCUUUUCGGUCUCUGAAAGUGUGGCAGCAAGAAUUGAGGUACCAGCAUCUUUCUACAACCUCUCAGCUACGGAGCUGAAAAGAGAAGCUGAAAUGAGAAAGAAGAAGAUUGAAGAUUCACAGAUGUUGAUCCCAAAGUCAUUCAAGGAAAAGCAGGCAAAAGCUGCUAAAAGGAGAUACAGAAAAACUGUUAUCCGGAUCCAGUUUCCCGAUGGAGUGGUGCUCCAGGGUGUUUUUUCUCCUUUGGAGCCAACCAGCUCUUUGUACGAGUAUGUGAGCUCAGCACUGAAAGAGCCUAGUUUGGAAUUCGAGCUGUUAAAUCCUGUAGCCCUCAAACGGCGGGUGAUCCCUCAUUUUCCAGCAGCAGGAAAGAAAGCAGCAACACUAGCUGAUGAGGAUCUGAUGCCCUCGGCUCUUGUCAAGUUCAAACCCAUCGAAACAGAUUCGGUUGUCUUCACAGGGCUGUGUAAUGACCUCCUUGAGAUAAGUGAACCACUUACGAGCGGUUCAGCUGCUGCUCCUGUGUAAGGUUUGAGCCGUCAGUAUCUUCUUGCAUUUGCUUCUCCCGUUCACGUUGUAAUUCUUCAGCCAAACUACAUUUUGGAUACCCAUUUUUUCACCUUAUAUGCACAUACGAUGAAGCAUGUAUUUUUCUGUGAUUUUGAUUUACCAAUGCAGAAAUCUUAAUGAAUUUUCAUCUUUGUAAUUUUGAUGCAGAUAUUGUUUUGCUGUUAAUUACUUUUUAGUCA